GCCUUUUCCUUCUCCUUUCACUCGUUUUGAGCUUCUUCUUGGAGUCUAGGUAACCCUCGUUUUUGCCUCUCAUGAUUUACGAUUCUUGCUCUUCUUUUCUGCCGUUUUGAUAAUCUCUUCGCUGUUUUUCUGAUUCACUCGAUGGUCUCCAAUUCCUCUUCUCUUCGGCUUUCCCCUAAAAGGCGAAAUUUCGGUCCCAUCCAUUUUUGGAGAUUAUUUAUAGCAUGGUGAUCUAGUCAGCACAUUGGUCACACAUAUAAAGAAUAAAAUAAUAUUCUUUAUUUAAAAUUUGGAUCCUUUUGUUGUCCAAGGAGAGAUAUGGCUAAUUCACUGCCUGGUGAUACCUCUCUUCACGGAACAAACCUCCAGAACUAUCCUCAGGAAACAUCAGAUGAUGGUGGCAAAUGGUACUUCUCCAGGAAGGAAAUUGAAGAAAACUCUCCUUCUAGACGAGACAAUAUCGACUUAAAGAAAGAGACUUAUUUACGAAAAUCCUACUGUACAUUUCUACAAGAUUUGGGCAUGAGACUCAAAGUGCCCCAGCUAACAAUCGCUACUGCAAUUAUUUUUUGUCACCGAUUUUUUCUUCGUCAAUCUCAUUCAAAGAAUGAUAGGAGGACAAUUGCUACAGUGUGUAUGUUUCUUGCGGGGAAGGUUGAAGAGACUCCUCGUCCAUUGAAAGAUGUUAUCCUUGUUUCAUAUGAAAUCAUUCACAAAAAGGAUCCUGAAGCUGUUCAGAAAAUCAAGCAAAAGGAGGUUUAUGAACAGCAGAAAGAACUAAUAUUACUCGGGGAGAGAGUUGUACUUGCAACUCUUGGUUUUGAUCUAAAUGUGCAGCAUCCAUAUAAACCUCUUGUUGAUGCAAUAAAGAAAUUUAAGGUUGCUCAAAAUGCCCUUGCCCAGGUUGCAUGGAAUUUUGUGAAUGAUGGACUGCGCACAUCUCUUUGCUUGCAAUUUAAGCCCCACCACAUUGCGGCAGGUGCCAUUUUCCUGGCUGCAAAAUUCCUGAAAGUAAAGCUUCCGUCAGAUGGCGAGAAAGUUUGGUGGCAAGAGUUUGAUGUCACCCCACGCCAGUUGGAGGAGGUUAGUAAUCAAAUGCUGGAAUUGUAUGAACAGAACCGGGUGCUACCUUCGAGCAACAAUGAUGCUGAAGGAAGCACUGUUGGUGGAGCUACUCACCAAGGCACAUCAAAAGCUUCCUCCAGCAAGGAGGAACAUGUAGCGAAUAAUAGUCAUACUCAGGCUGGGGGUAGUACUUCAAGACCUGGAGCCUCAAAGUCGAUGGCGUUUGCAGAUAAUCGUCAAAGAACCACUCAUAAUUCAGGCCCUGAGCCAUUAAGUGAGGAGAUGAAAAAUUCCCCUGAACACAAUGCAGAUGGUGAAGUGACAGAUAAUCUAGACCAUGUAAUAGAUGCAGUGCCUCCGCAUGAGAUUGUUGGGGAUUUUCAGAACACGUCAAAAUUUGCAUCAAACGGGAAUGAAGAUCAAGAACGAAAUGUUCCAAGAAGUGAAGUAACUGAUACCGGGGAAUCAAAAGACAAACAUUUUGCUCGUAACGUGGAAAAUAGAGAAGGUACAGUAGGACGGUCACCUCAAGAUGCAAUCAAAAAGAUUGACAGGGAUAAAGUAAAGGCAGCUCUGGAGAAAAGAAAGAAAUCUAGAGGUGAUGUAACUCGGAAAGCCGACUUAUUGGAUGAUGACGAUCUCAUUGAGAGGGAACUGGAGGCUGGCAUUGAACUAGCUGCGGAGAGCGAAAAGAAUAAGCAGGAAAGGAGGCAGAGCUGGUCUAAGCCUUUGGACAAGCAAGAACAUGAGAAUUCGCAUCACGAGAAACAUCGAGAGGAUGCUGGGGAUGAAGAACGUCAAGGAACAAAGGGGCAGUCAUCACAUAAUUCGGAUUUCAACAAUAUGGAAGAAGGGGAAGUUCCUGAUGACAUUGACCAGGUUGGCGUCCAUUCACCCAAAUCAAGCAAUCGCAAACGGAAGUCACGGAGCCCAUCUGAGGGCAGGCAUCGAAAUGAUUUUGCGUCUGGCUCACACCAUUACAAUAACCAUGACUACUUGGAGGAUCGCAACAGGGUGAACCGGCUUGGUCAUGUGGAGAGGGAUCAUAAAAGGCAUGUGCCAGAAAAUCAGGUCUGAAAACUUCUCCCUGUUACUGGAACUCAGCUGGUUUCAACUGCCAUUAAUCCUGUCUAGGCAGGAUACUAAGAUUCCGUAGUAACAAUGGAGCACCCUGUUUUGAUUUGAUUGUUUGGACCCAAGACCGAACUUUGAUCAGUUAUAUGUAAUUCAUUAGUCGAAAUGAGUUUUUCUUUUCAAUUUGAAAAGCGACUCACAUUGCCA